CGUCCAGUUGGAAUAACCAUCUUGCGUAUACUCUCUCUAUAUUAUUGUUUCGUGUUAGUGUUUCGUAACGUUUGGUUUCAGUUACAUUGGUUGUGCUGAGUCGUGUAUUCUUUAGAGUUUGGUUCGCCGGCUUCAAAUUUAAAGAAUUAUUCAAAUUCAUUUGCAUAUCAUCUGUAGUUGUCGAUCAAAUCUGUUAAAUUUACAUUCGUUUCAUGUCUGAAUAAUUCAUAGUCUUCAGCAACACAAAUGAAAAAUUGUAACGCGUCUAAAUACAUUGAAGAAGGCAGAUGUGAACUGUAGAAGAAAGGAAAUUAAAACUGCAAAUUAAUUACAUUCAACCAACUGUUGCUAAAAUGCUUGCUCUGAUGUUUGUGUUGAUUGUUGGACUAUUGACGUUAUUUUAUUACUGGAAAAAGCGUAAGAAUUAUCCACCUGGACCCUGGAUUAGUUUGCCCAUUAUUGGCAAUCUACAUUUGCUGGAUCCAUUGAAACCGUACAUUACACUGACGCAGUUAAGUAAGAAGUAUGGACCAAUUUAUGGCAUUCAAAUGGGCUCAGUCUAUACGGUAGUGGUUUCAAAUGAUGCCAUUAUUCGAGACUGCUUCAAGUCAGACCAGUUUAUGGGAAGAGCUCCGUUGUAUGUUACUCAUGGAAUAAUGGGAGGAUUUGGACUCAUAUGUGCAGAGGGAGAACUGUGGAAAGACCAGCGAAAGUUGUCAAUCAAAAUGUUAAAGGAAAUGGGAAUGGUAAAAUUCGGUGAAAAACGAUCCGACUUUGAAUUCAGAAUUCUGAAAUGGGUCCAAGAGUGUGUAAAGACACUCAUCAUAAAAUCAGAGCUAAAUGACGAAAUAGAUCCGGUGGACACGCUACAAAAUACUCUCGGCAAUGUUUUAAACGAUUUUGUGUUCGGAGUUACCUAUGACCAGGACGAUGAUACUUGGACAUAUUUGCGUCACUUACAGGAGGAAGGAGUUAAGCAUAUCGGUGUUUCUGGUGUUGUUAAUUUCAUUCCAUGGCUACGGUUUUUACCGUCCAACCAAAAGAUCCUCGAAUUUCUUUUGAUCGGCAAACAGAAAACCCAUCAAAUAUACGACGAUAUAAUAAAACGUUGCGAAAAUCAAACUCUCGAUGAUUCGAAUGACAAAGUAUCGUCAAUAGCCAGUUUGUACUUGGAAGAGAAAGAACGUCGAAUACAGGAUGGUGAAGAUUCGGUCAAACAUUGCAGUGACGCACAACUAAAACAUUUAUUGGCUGAUCUGUUCGGAGCUGGUGUCGACACUACACUGACUACGAUACGCUGGUUUUUAUUGUUUGUUGCGGACAACGAAAAUGUUCAAAAUAAACUUCGAUUAGAAUUCGAAGAGAACUUAACGUCGAUGCCCACCCUAGACAAUUACGAUAAGUUACCGUAUUUAAGGGCUUGCAUAGCAGAGACCCAACGUAUUAGAUCAGUGGUUCCUGUGGGGAUACCUCACGGCAGUUCAAUGGACACAACGCUACAAGGAUAUUACAUUCCGAAAAAUACGAUGAUCAUUCCACUUCAGUGGGCUGUACACAUGAAUCCCGAUGUAUGGCCAGAGCCUUAUAAAUACGAUCCCGAUAGAUUUUUAGACAGUGAAGGAAAGUUUUGUGCACCGUCUGCAUUUAUACCAUUCCAAACAGGCAAGCGAAUGUGCUUAGGAGAAGAAAUGGCAAAGAUGUUGUUGUUCUUGUUUUGCGGCAAUAUAUCGUACAACUUUAAGCUGCAGUACAAGGGGUUGGAACCGGUUGAAAGUAUAUUGGGAGAGUGUGGCAUCACAUUAAAUCCACCAAGAGAGAAAAUUAAAUUCCAAAAAAUUGCUUAAAUGAUUUCGAUACGGCAAGUCAUCAGAUGACUGUUAUCGACAACAAUAACUAAAAUGAUCGGGGAACUCUCUGACUUACAAUUAUAAGUAAAUUUUAUGUUAACUAAUAACCGUGUAACAGAUUUUGUAACAAAACUGAUCGAUAUUAUUCAACAAAGGGAAGUAACAGAUUUAUAUUACUUUCCGUUUGACAACAGUAUACAUGACACGUCGCAAGAAAAUUAGAAAUAAAACUUUUUUUAAUGAUAACA